AUGGAGCAACAAAUACCCUUGAGCCACGAAGCCUCCGCAGGCAACACCAACAUGCGCGUGACGACCUCCCUCCCGCAAGAAGUUGUGCAGUGCCUCGAGAACGCGCGCUUCCUCCACCUGGCCACCUGCUCCGAGAACAUACCGCACGUCUCGCUUAUGAACUACACCUACCUCCCAUCCUCGCCCUACUCCCGCUCACCAGUCAUCGUGAUGACGACCAACCCAGCCAGCAAGAAGAUGAACAACCUAGCCAGCAAUCCCAACGUCUCAUUACUUGUCCACGACUGGGUCUCACACCGUCCAACACCAACCGCCCAAGCACGGCGCCUCUCUUCCGACGGGUCAGCCUCCCGUUCGCCCAACAGGGAACCGCAUUCGUCGCUCGCGGCGCUGCUCUUCAACCUCAACACGUCGGCCGUGUCCUCCAUCAGCGCCACCAUCAACGGCAGCGCCCGGCUCGUCGAGCGGGGCUCCGAGGAGGAGAAGUACUACAAGGAUGUGCAUCUGGAGAACAACACGUUCGACAGCACUGCCGAUGCUGGGCUCUUCGGGCAACCGGGGGGAGGCGGGGAUGGCGAGAGCAACGGGCAGAGCCGGUUUGCGGCGGGCAACGAGGCCAGAGUGAUCGUUGUGGGCAUACGGGACGUCAGGAUUGCAGACUGGAAGGGGGCAGUGAGGGAUUGGGUUAUUACAGCACCCGAGGAAGGUGGGGAGGGGAAUGCCAUGAUGAACGGGGUGCGGUAG